CUCGUACAAGUGCUUUUGCAUCCUUAUCUCUUGCUCGUCGGUCUAGCGAGCGACUCUUCCAUCUCUCGAAUGAUGGCGACGGACAAGCAGACGGCUUUUUGAUGUUGUUAUGGACCUGUGGUUUCUCUGCCCAUCACCCAAAAGGCCAAGACAUUCCCGGAACUACGAACCAAACAUCCCUCGCUCGACUCGCUUUCUCGAUCUACGGUUAAAACCUUCCUUUUCACAAGGCCCCAUAUAGUCGUGUCACUUUCUUGCGAUCCAAACGCACACCUGUGGUGUAAUCGUAGAGCCUGCUGAAUUCGCUACCUUAUCGAUUGGAAUCUGAAUCCCUCGCCGUUUCCUUCUGCAAAAUUCUCGCUGCUAUCGCGGAGAAAAUUGAUUCCGCUGCUUGUUUAUGGUCAUCUAAGGUAAAAGAUGGUUGCCUUUGGAAAAAAGUUGAUGCAAAGACAGAUUCCAGAAUGGAACAGAUAUUACAUCAACUACAAAUUAAUGAAGAAAAAAUUAAACCAAUAUGCUCGCCAAAUUGAGAAUGGAGCAUUAGAGCGUCGGCAUGUUCUCAAGGAUUUCUCUAGAAUGCUGGAUAACCAGAUCGAAAAGAUUGUCCUUUUUCUCUUGGAACAACAAGGGCUACUUGCAAGCAGGUUACGAGAGCUUGGAGAACAGCAACGUUCUCUUCAAGACCGGCCAGAUAUAUCCAAAAUAUCUGAACUACGAGAAGCUUAUCGAGAAGUGGGGCGAGAUCUUCUAAAGCUCCUGUGUUUUGUUGAGAUGAAUGCAAUUGGCCUGCGUAAGAUACUUAAGAAGUUUGACAAGCGCCUUAGCUAUAGAUUCUCUGAUUACUAUGUCAAAACUCGUGCUAAUCAUCCUUAUUCCCAGCUGCAGCAAGUGUUCAAGCACGUGGGGUUAGGUGCAGUUGUUGGAGCUAUAUCUCGUAAUCUUUCAGAUCUUCAGGACCGUCAGGGUAGCUACUUAUCCAUUUAUGACCAACCAACCCUGCCUUUACAGGAACCUAUCAUUGACUCCAUUAAAGGAGCAGUAUACAGGUUAACCAACUCAACAAACUUCCUUAAUUUCUUGGGACAACAUGCAGUUAUAAUGCACGAAGAGUUACCUACUCCAACUGAGGAACAACCCGAUGAUCAAAGAUACCAUUUUAUGUCUCUUCUCUUAAACUUAGCUAACACAUUUCUCUAUAUGGUCAACACAUACAUUAUUGUUCCUACAGCUGAUGACUAUUCUCUGAGCCUUGGUGCUGCAGCAACUGUUUGUGGGAUUGUUAUUGGUGCAAUGGCUGUUGCACAGAUCUUUUCUUCAGUGUAUUUCAGUGCUUGGUCAAACAAAUCAUACUUCAAACCUCUAGUGUUUAGUAGUCUAGUUCUGUUUGUGGGAAAUACCAUGUAUGCAUUAGCUUAUGAUAUGGAUUCAAUUGCAGUUCUUCUAGUUGGCCGUCUAUUUUGUGGUUUGGGUUCUGCCAGAGCUGUUAACCGGCGUUAUAUCAGCGACUGUGUACCACUCAAAAUCCGCAUGCAAGCUUCAGCAGCUUUUGUUAGUGCCAGUGCUCUUGGAAUGGCUUGUGGUCCAGCACUUGCUGGAUUACUUCAAACUAAUUUUAAAAUUUACAAGUUCACAUUUAACCAAGAUACUUUGCCUGGCUGGAUCAUGGCUGUUGCAUGGCUUUUUUAUUUACUGUGGCUGUGGAUCUCAUUUAUAGAGCCUCCUUUUGUGACUGAAGAAAUGCACGUACCUCAAGGCCAUAAACCGGAUCAAGUAGUGAAUGAUGCAAUUGAAAAUGGUCUUGGGCAACCAUUGCUCUUAGGCUCAGAAGACAGCAAACAAGAUGAAGAUGGUGACCAAGAAUGUGAUGGAAGUGAAGAAGCUGCUGAAGAGUCUCGUCUUCCAGCCACUUCUAUAGCAUCAGCAUACAGAUUACUUACUCCUUCUGUGAAGGUUCAAUUACUGAUUUACUUCAUGCUCAAAUAUGCUAUGGAGAUUUUACUCUCUGAAUCUAGCGUUGUCACUACAUACUACUUCAAAUGGUCCACUAGUGCAGUGGCAAUUUUUCUUGCAUGUCUAGGCCUAACAGUUCUUCCAGUGAACAUCAUUGUUGGAAGCUACAUCAGCAACAUGUUUGAAGACAGACAACUUUUAUUAGUGUCCGAGUUAUGCGUUUGCGUGGGCAUAAUCCUGAGCUUCCAUAUAAUAAUUCCAUAUUCUGUGCCACAAUAUGUCUGUUCAGGCCUCAUACUGUUUGUGUCUGCUGAAGUCCUGGAGGGUGUCAACUUGUCACUGCUCUCUCGGGUUAUGUCCUCCAGGCUAUCCCGUGGAACCUACAACGGCGGUUUACUUUCAACCGAAGCUGGAACCAUCGCUCGAGUCAUUGCAGAUGCCACGAUAACUGUAGCAGGGUACUUCGGCCAGAGUAGGCUCUUAAACAUCACCCUCCUCCCUUCGCUCGUAAUAUGCGUAUCCUCCAUUAUUGCUACAUGCUUUACCUACAAUUCUCUUUACUAGAUCUAGAUCAGUCAGAUGGUGUUCAAAUAUGUCCAUAGAGUGCCAAAUCAGUCACAAGAUCCCUAUAAGUUUCUAUUGUUCCAGCUCUAGGUUUUUUCUAUUAGGUAAUUGGUUCGCACUACAUUCAUAUCUUGAAUUAUUUGUGCAAUAAGAGUCCAUUGGUUUGAGGAGCCA